AUGGAACCAUCAGCAGAGGAUUUUAAUCUCCAUUGGGAGGAAGUUGUUAUAAAGAAUUCUCCUAAACAUGAAGUUCAAGAAAUAUGUGACCUUGCAGGAGUGCAGUCUGUAUCAUAUUCUGGAAUGACGUCUGAAGAAAUGAUAGCUGAUACAGAUCAAAUGGCAGCAGAAAAUUUAAUGUAUUUAUCACAGGAUGUUGUUGGAUAUACUGAAGCAACAGAAUUGACUGAUGAUUUAAAUGUUGAAUGUGUGACUGAGGAAGUCAUAACUGAUGACUGGGUCAUAGCAGGUGGUCAGGAAAGAGUGGAAGUACCAUUGGAACAUUUAGCAAACAGUGUUUCUGAUGUUAAAGUUGAAAAUGAUAUUGAUGUUCCAUUACCAACUGAUCAAGACGAGUACACGGCGAUGCGGCCGUGGCCGUGCGACUUCUGCUCGCGCCGCUUCCGAAAGAAGGCGGCGCUGAUGAACCACAUGGUGGCGCACCAGAGCGACCGGCCGCACGCGUGCAACCUGUGCGGCGUGCGCUACGUGCGCAAGUGCGACCUCAUGAACCAUCUCAAGGUGCACGCGUUCGUGCCCGAGCACGGCGACACCAUGGACUACGAUGAUGUCCUACCUGAAAAAACCCAAUUGAUUAAACCAAAGAAAAAGCGCGGUCGUCGGAAAAAGAAUCCGGAACCCGUUGAGAACGGCGUGUGGGAGAACAUGACGUCGGCGCGCACGCAGCAGUGGCAGAGGCGGGCGCGCACCCCCGCGCCCCGCUCCCCCUCCCCCGCCUCCGAGCCGGAGCCGCCCCCUCCCCCGGCGCCCCCCACCCCUCCACCCCCGGCGGACCCAUCUCGCCCCUUCGUCUGCCGCCACUGCGGCGUCGGAUUUGCACGGGAGAAGGCGCUGCAAUCGCACUCCAGGAUCCACGGCGGCGACUCGCCGGUGGAGUGCGGUGAGUGCGGCGAGCUGUGCUGGUCCCGCGAGGCGCUCAGCUCGCACACGGCCCACCGCCACCCGCACGCCGCGCCGCGAACUCACCGCGAGCCCUCCUACGACGAGUCCAACUCUGGCGACGACAUGGACUUCCGCCUGUCGCCGAUAACGCAGGGCGGUGACCGUGGCAUGUUCGACAACGUGCGCGGCCCCGAACUCUUCUGCCAGGACUGCGGCGUCGCCUUCCAGCGCGUCGAUUUGCUGAGGCGGCACGUCGCCGCCGCGCACAGCUAUAAGCGACACGAUAGCACGAGCAGUACCUGGGCGGAGCACACGUGUGACGUGUGCGGCGAAAGUUGCACGGACGCGCUGCAGCUGCUGGCGCACGCGGAGGGUCACGCGGAGCGGCAUCGACCCGCCGCGCCCAGACUGAAGAGGCACGGUCGUGGUCGGAACAACACGACGUCAACGAGCAAUUCAAGGCAGUUCCCCUGCAGAGAAUGCGGCAAAGUGUUCGGUUCGCGCAGCUCGCAGCAGAUCCACAUUAGGAUCCACACGGGCGAGCGGCCGUACGCGUGCCGCUUCUGCUGGAAGGCGUUUGCCGACGGCGGCACCCUGCGGAAACACGAGCGAAUACACACGGGCGAGAAGCCGUACGCGUGCGCAGUGUGUCCGCGCGCGUUCAACCAACGAGUGGUGCUCCGCGAGCACGUGCGAUCCCACCACUCCGCGCCCGACCGUCGUGCCAACGGUGGAAAUGCGUAUUGUUGCGUGGUGUGCGGCAGGACUCUUCAUUCCAGUGUAGAGCUUGUUCAACAUUUGAUACAGCACUGUGACGCCAACACGGCACUAAAAAGACAACCACAGAACGGUCCGCGCAAGUACAAGCGGCGGCGGAAACUGAAGGCCGAGAUGGCGUCGCCGAAGCGCGAGUGGGAGGGGCGCGGGGAGCGGGGCUCGUCGCCGUCGGGCGCGUCCGUCGCUUCGAACGCGUCGCGGGCGUCUGAGCGGUUGAGCGCCGCGUCUACCCCGCACCGCGCCCCCUCACCGCCCCGUCGCGCCCCCUCACCGCCCCGGCGCAGAAGACGCCGCGCGCCCCCCGCACCGCCCCGUCCCCGCAUGAUACACACCGAGGAGCCACGCCCGAGGACUAAACAGGUGCGCAGCAGGCGUCCUCCGCGGCAUCCGGCGGACGACUUGCGCGCGAUCGCGACGCACUCCGCGUCGCCGGGGCCCGCUUCCCCCUCACCCCCGUCCCCUUCCUCCCCAAAUUCGCCACCUUCACCCGCCUCCCCGCCCUCCCCCUCAUCGCCGCAGUCCCCCACCGGCCCUUACAAAUGCGAAAUGUGCUCCCUCGAGUUCCCCCGGCGUGAUGCUCUAUUACUACAUGUACCCGUCCAUAUA